CCCGCGCUCUCGACUCUCAUUUCUUCAGUGCUUACUACUCUUCAGUCUCUCACUGGCCGCCGAGUCGUGAGGUACGGAAUUCUUCAUGUAGCAUAUCGCUCUCGAAACGCCGGCUUUUCACGUGGACACUUCUGUGUUUUUCGUCUAUCUUGUCAACUGAAAAUAGAUCAAAAUCAGAUAAUAAACAUUGAGAAAAAAUUAAUUCUUGUUUGUGCCAGGAUUUAUCAUUAAGGAUUAAAUUUUAUUUUCAAUUAUGUAAAUUAUCGUAUUGUUUAUAAUAAAGUGUUUGGUGUGUGAAUAUGUGUGCGUUCGACUAGUGUAUUUUAAUGAAUCUGCAUAAUCAUAAAAAGAAAUCCAAGAGUUCUUUAUUAUCUUAGAGGAAGGUCAUCGUCGUGUUAUGUAAAUUAUCAUAGUGUUAGUGGAAAAUAUAUUGUUUGGCACUUUGUUAAAUAUUGUGAUUGCAAAACGAAAACAGUGUUUUAAAAUACACUUAAAAAUACUUUUUUUACUCAUUGGAAAUUUAAAUACGGUUCGAAUUGAAGUUUUUCCCGCCAAUCAUCUGUAGUUUUCCAUUGUCACCUUUGACCUUGAUCUACGACUAUGUUUAACGUGGGAAAGCAGCUUUUAAAAUUCGAUGGAUAUGUAAUUCAAUUCAAUGAACCGAUUUUUAUUAUCGGACGAAAAUAGACAUUUAUAAUCGCCCUAGAUAUAGACGAAGAGGAAUUAAAUACGUGUGAGAACAUGUGAUUGCGAGCUUAACAAAAUUGCCGAGACGAUCAACAGGUUUGAGAUAUAAGAGAAAAAGUCAACAAGUGAAUAUCUUUCACAAAAGAAUAGUGGAAGUCAUGACAAGGUAACGACAGUGUGCAGAACGAGGAAGGUGACAGAUAGUGAAAAACUUACAAAAAAAAGAACAUGGCGAAAGGAGCUGAAAGAUUACCCGGCACAACAACAAGAAUAAGAACGAGAGACGAUGGCUGUUGUUCAGUCAACUUCUUAAAAUACGUUCUACACAUAUACAAUGUUGUUCUAUUUCUUUCCGGUCUGGUGGUUGGUGGCAUUGGUGUGUGGACUGUUGUGUCAAAACACAGUUACAUUUCACUAAUGGCAACGUCUACGUAUCCGAUUUUGGCUUACGCGCUGAUAGCUGCUGGUACUCUCGCCGUAAUUGGAAGCUGGCUCGGUUGUGGAGGCGUCACGUCCGAGAAUCGAUGUAUUCUUCUCGUGUAUAUAUUCGUGGUAAUGGGUGUGUUUAUACUGGAAGCUGGAGUUGGUGCUCAAGCUCGUAUUUAUGAAGAGCAAGUUGGUCCAGAACUAAAAUGGAAUCUAAACCGCACUUUCCUCGAAACAUAUUCUGUUAGGUCCAGGGAAACAUCUGCCAUUGAUCAAAUGCAAAAAGAGUUCAAAUGUUGCGGAGCCAUGAGAUUCGAAGACUGGCUUGCAAGCGAAUGGCACAAAGAUGAGGAGGUUCAGAGGAAUGAGAGCCUCGUACCAGACAGCUGUUGCAAAACUCCCAGCAGCCUGUGUGGAAAAAGGGAUCAUCCUUCGAAUAUCCAAUAUACAGGAUGUAUAUACAAAUUUUUGGAAACCACAAAGGAUCAUCUUAUCAUUCUCGGAGCUGUUGGAUUAGGACUUUCAGUACUUGAAGUUUUUGGAAUUGUUCUUGGCACCUGCCUCUACAUAAAACUUCGGCACGACUUCGAUGACUGAGAAUUACUUUAUCAAGAGCCUAAUAACAAUGGGCAUUCUUGGUGCCGUUAUGCACAAAAUCCAGUCUGACAAAACGGACAGUAACGUGAUAACUAUAAUGGUUCUAUCUCCUGAGCAGAUAAUGUCUUUUCAACAAGAAAAAAGAAGAAAAGAACAAAUUCAGGAAGAAAUCUCAAUUUCCCAAAAUUGAGAAGAAUCAUUCACAUCCUUCACGUUACUGGCUCUUAUUUGACAAUUAAUUUUAAAAUUAUAAGAAAGAGAUCUUCAAUUAAAAUUUAUAAAUCUUGUCAAAAAGAUAAAUUAAAAAUGAGUCUUGUAAAAAUGAAUAAAAAUGAAU